AUGCCCACGCUCACUGAUCCCGAACACCAAGCAAUCGAACUACAAGAGCUGUCCGGGAUGGGCUGGAUAAAGAGUAUCUUCGCGCCAAGGCAGGACUAUGAGCCUCUUCAGGAUGGCGGGGAAAGAGACGACGUGAGCAGCACACACGAUGAUGAUGAUGAUGCCGAGCGCGAUGUGAUAGAUGGCUCUGCGUUCUCGUGGCUCGAGUAUGGCAUCUUUCUGCUUCUGGGAAUUGCAAUGUUGUGGGCAUGGAACAUGUUCCUUGCUGCCGCAUCGUAUUUCGAGAACCGCUUUCGCACGAGUCCAUGGAUCCUCAACCACUUCCAGGCCGCCGAGAUCUCAGUCUCGACCGUCACAAAUCUGGUGUCGAUGAUAGUAUUGGCGGAGCUACAAAAGGGGGCGUCAUAUCCCAAGAGAAUUUCAAGCUCGCUGCUCAUAAAUACCGCUGUGUUCGGGAUCCUUUCCCUUUCAACGCUAGUCCAUGCGCCUGCAGGAGUAUACUUUGGGUUCCUGCUCCUUGCGAUUUUCUUCGCGAGCUUCUCUACAGGCCUCAUACAGAAUGGGCUCUUCUCGUUCGCGUCAGGGUUUGGGAGGAGCGAAUAUACACAGGCCAUCAUGACUGGCCAAGCCAUCGCGGGAGUACUGCCGCCGCUGGCACAAAUUGUUUCGGUCCUGGUGGUACCUCCAAAGCAGUCAGACAACGCAGACAGUGCGGAUGUUUCGCCCACUUCGGCGCUGAUAUACUUUUUGACGGCGACAAUGAUUUCUAUGGUGUCUCUACUGGCGUUCUUCUACCUCUUGGGGCGCCAUCCACACCACAGGAACCUUCCCUCAGCGGCAAAAGCCGCAGUCGACGACGAAGCAUCUGAAAGAGACGUGCUUGCGGACAAUGGCAGAAUCACCACGAGCAGCCAGACCGAGAGUGGAGCUGGCGAACGUCCAGCAGUUCCUCUCAGCACUCUUUUCCGCAAAUUGCCAUUCCUAUCGGCAGCAGUCUUCGUCUGCUUCGCAGUCACCAUGGUCUUUCCGGUCUUCACUGCGUCUAUCCGUUCUGUCGGUGGAGUCGAUGCUGCCAUUUUUGUGCCUGUGGCUUUUUUGGUCUGGAACCUGGGAGACUUGCUCGGGCGACUGUCAACAUUGUGGAAGCGGAUUUCGCUCCUGCACUAUCCAUUUGCACUCUUCUGUCUGGCCAUGGCGAGACUGCUCUUCAUUCCACUCUACUUCUUGUGCAAUAUCAAAGGGAAAGGAGCUGUUUUGAGCAGCGAUUUCUUCUAUUUGGUCAUUGUGCAAUUUUUCUUCGGCCUCACCAACGGGUAUCUUGGCAGCGAGUGCAUGAUGGGUGCUGGAGAAUGGGUCGCGCCAGAUGAACGUGAGGCCGCUGGAGGCUUUAUGGGACUCAUGCUCGUUGGUGGACUCACCGUUGGCAGUCUGCUCAGCUUCUUGCUUGGCGACGUGUAG